AUGGUUGAUAGUUUGGGUCCACCUCGGGUUCAGGAGGUGCGACCCAUCCCCAAAUGGAGCGCCAUGGCCACCGUGCCGGACCUGCUGACCUCCGUAAGACCCCUGACCCGUCGCACGGCGCCCACGGUGCCACGGCGCACGGCAAUUGGAGGGCCGCCCGUGCUGGCCGGGACCGUCGUGGUGUUUCAUUUGGCAUUGCAGGUGUGCCAUCGGAGACGUCCGCGGCUUCGCACACGGCGCACGGCGGAGUCCGCGCACUCGAGCGAUGUGGUCUACGAGUUCUUCAGUGGCCUCGGCGGCCUCCGCUUGGGCUACACGUCCGCAGAACGCUCCCUGCCCGCGCGAGCCCGAAACGCGACACGUUUCAGGGCCUAUGAGAUCGACCAGGUGUGCUGCCAGGUCUAUGAGGAUCUCUAUGGCGCCCGGGCUUUACGGGGCGUCCAGCACAUGGAACCCUGGAUGAGAGCGUCAAAGGAGGAUGAGCUGUGGUGCUGCUCGAUCGACCGGCUGCCAGACGCGGCCUUCGAAGGGGCGGAUCUAUGGCUGAUGAGCCCUCCGUGCCAACCCUUCACGCGCACCGGGCGCCGCCGUGAUGUUUGGGACCCCCGCUGCAAGGCGCUGCUGCGGCUCUUGGACGCCUUGCCGCGACUGGAACAGAAGCCGAAGGGCUUGCUGCUUGAGAACGUCCCAGAAUUUCAACAUUCCGUGGCGCACGCACGAUUGACAUCUACAUUGCAUCAAUGUGGCUAUGCUACUCGAGAGGCGCUCCUAACGCCUUUGGACUUCGGCUUCCCCAACAGUCGCCAGCGCUUCUACCUCCUCGCGGCUCGCGCUGCGCGAACGGACCAUGCGUCGUUGUCACUGUCAUCGACGGAGGUGGUGAAGCCCGUGGGCCAAUUCUUGGAGGACGCUCAGCUGGACUCGCUUCAGGUCCCCAGCCACUUGCUGAAGGAAGCCUUCGAUGGAGGCUUGAGCCUCGACCUGGCGACGCGCACAUCGCUGGCCACGAAGACCUUCACCGCGGGCUACGGCAAGACGAGCUACGGCGCUGUGGGGCUCAGCCGCGCCGGGCCGCUCCUCUACGACGCGGCUCCUCUCCCUCCGGAGCGCAGGCUGGUGGCGGAGAAACGCUUCACCAUGUCGCUACCAGCGGAUAUGUGGUCGCAAGUGCGAUACUUCGCACCCAAAGAGGUGGCAAACCUCAUGGGUUUUCCAAGGACUUGGAGCUUGCCAGGUGACUUGCCAUGCCGGACCCAGUGGCGCCUGCUGGGCAACUCGGUGAAUGUCUCACUGGUCGAGGAGGUCAUCCACGUGGAAAACCCGGACAACUACCUUCGCUACGCCAUGAGGCGUGAAAAGGUCCGGCAGGAGCUCCAGAGCAAACCGAUGACUGGCACGGAGCUGGAUGAUGCCAACCCCAUCAAGACGAAGCAGGUGUCCUUGAAGGGCCUGAGCUUUCAUCCUGAUGAGCCGAUAGACGAAAAGCUUCAAGAGGUCUGGCUUUGGCACGGGACCGGGAAGGAGGGCGCUGCGGGGAUCACCGACACGGACUUCGACAUGGGCCGUGCUGGCUCAGCAGCUGGGACGAUGUUUGGACGCGGACUUUACUUUGCAGAGAGCUGCAUGAAAUCAGAUGAAUACACAAAAGCAGAUGAGAGGGACUGGUAUCCACUCAUCCUUUGCCGAGUGACCUGUGGACGACUCUUUUAUUGUGACUGGAAGAGCCCCUCCGACCACAAAGAGAAGCUCGAGGACGCCUGCCACCAUGAGGGCUUUCAUUGCGUCCUGGGGGAUCGAGAGAAGGUGAGAGGCACUUACCGAGAGUUCAUUGUAUUCGACAACGACCAGGUGUACCCGGAGUACAUCGUUUGGUAUAGCCGCUAA